UUAAACGAUUAACAUGCGACAUUCAUGUAUAAUAUAUUGUUGUAAUAAUAUACGUGUAAGAUAUGCUCCAAGCCCUACAGGGUUAAUGCAUUUAGGAAACAUACGCAUUGCCCUUUAUAAUUAUAUAUUUUCUAAGGCAAAUAAAGGAAAGUUUAUUUUAAGAAUCGAAGAUACAGACAGGAGUAGAUUUUCUGAAGCUUCCUUGUAUAAUAUUCAUGAAAUAUUAGAAUCUACGGGUCUUGUACCCGAUGAGGGCCCCAAAUAUGGUGGAGAAUAUGGGCCUUACAUACAAUCUAAAAGAUUAAAUAUAUAUAAAGAAUACACAAAUAAGCUAAUAGCAAUGGGAAAUGCAUAUAGAUGUUUUUGUACUGAUGAAAGAUUACAUUUAAUAAAAAAGAAUAAUGAUUUUCCAGAUAUUUCAAAGUAUGAUGGCAGAUGUCAAAAUUUAGAUCAAGUUAUUAUAGAUGAUAAUAUUAAAAAAGGCCUUAAUUAUUGUGUUAGAUUCAAAUUAAAUCCAAGAAUUACUUAUUUUAAUGAUCUAAUUUAUGGAAGAAUCAGCAGGGAUGUAUCAGAUAUUGAAGGAGAUUUUAUUAUAUUAAAAACUGACAAAUAUCCAACCUAUCAUUUAGCCAACGUUGUUGAUGAUCACUUAAUGCAUAUAAGCCACGUGAUAAGAGGAAGUGAAUGGAUAAGCUCAACAACCAAACAUAUUAUGCUUUACUCAGCCUUUGAAUGGAAACCACCAUUGUUUGCUCAUCUACCUCUCAUUUAUACAUCAGAUGGUGUUAAAUUGUCUAAACGAAAUCAAGAUUUACAAGUAAAGCACUUGUUAGUGAACAAAAACUAUUUUCCAGAAACGCUAUUCAAUUUUGUCAUUUUGGGAUCCGGCGGCUUCAGAAAAUUCGCUCAAGAUAAUACUAAAGACCAUCUUUUAAAUUUAAACACCGUUACUACAACUAGAAAGAAUUUUUUAAGCUUCGACACCAAAAACAACCCUGGUAAAAACGCCUUAAAUAAUGAAAACAAUAAUAUAAAUGUAAACGAGAUCAAUAAUAAUAAUAUCCCUAAGCUAAGCGGAGAUUACUACGAGAUGGACGACUUGAUCGAACAAUUCAAGGGUCUUAAACACGUGGAAACUCUCCCCAUCAAAAUGAACCUGAAUCUCAUGAGAGAUAUCAAUAAAAGAAUAUUGGGCCGAAAGAUAGAAAAGCUUAUUAUGAGCUCGUCCGACGUUGAUAGCGACUCCAAUAAGUUAUGCAAUCAAGAUAAUAUUUUGGUACAGCAAUUACGGACUCUCUUGGCCAGCAGAUACGGCAAAACUAUUUCUGAUAAAUUCGAUUCUCAUUAUCUGUCAAAAGUUUUGACAUGGGGUAAACACCGAAUUUCUACUCUUCGAGAUUUCAUCGAGCCUGAACUCGAUUCGUUCGAAUAUCUAUGGCUUCCGCCUAGUUUAGAUGAUGACAUUGUAGAAGAGAUAUCUCCUGUUUUUGUCGAGACAUUGGAAAGACUGGUCCAGGAAAUGGAAAAAAGCAUCUCACAUCCUUCUUACGAUUUCAAAGACAUCAACUCUCGAAUCAAAUCAAUACUAAACUUCCUAAUCGCGGAUAUCAAAGCCAACAAUGCUACCAUACCCAUUAAAGACGUUGCGUUGACAUUUUCUUCUUGCAUGCAGAAUUUUAGGUGGAUCAUCACCGGAAAUAAAAAAGGUCCAUCUAUCCCUGAAUUAUUCGAAAUUUUGGGUAUUCGAGAAAUAAGUUCAAGGUUCCAAAAUUUCAAAACAAAAUCAGAAUCUUUUCAUGAUUGCAAAAUCAAAUCUACGCUAUUAUGA